ACACACAACAAUCAUGGCGGAGAAUGAAACCCUGGAGUGUAUAACGGAGCACGAGCGGAUUUUACAGGAAAUUGAGAGUACAGACACGGCCUGCGUUGGCCCCACUCUUCGGGAGAUCUUUGAGUUGGACAACUAUAGUCCCAUCCCAGUGGAGACAGAGGAGGAGUACAAACUGGUAGUCAGCCGCUUUCCCUUCCACGAUGCUGAGAUAGAGAAGCAGCAGGACUUUCCGAAGAAGCUGCCAAUGUCCCAGUCUGUCCCUCAGAUCUACAUGCAGGUCAAAGAGUUCAUUUACGCCAGCCUCAAGUUCUCAGAGUCACUACACCGCAGUUCAACAGAGAUUGACGACAUGUUGCGAAAAUCAACCAACCUGCUGCUGACAAGAACACUCAGCAGCUGUCUGCAAAACCUCAUCAAGAAACCACACAUAGGACUGACUGAGUUGGUGCAGAUCAUCAUUAACACCACCCACCUGGAGCAGGCCUGCAGGUAUCUGGAGGAGUUUAUAACAAACAUCACCAACGUCUUACCUGAAACCGUACACACCACAAGACUCUAUGGCUUAUCCACAUUCAAGGAUGCUCGGCAUGCUGCAGAGGGAGAGAUUUAUACCAAACUUAACCAAAAGAUCGAUGAGUUUAUCCAGCUGGCAGACUACGAAUGGGGCAUGGCUGAAUCGGACGGUCGUGCCUCUGGAUACCUCAUGGACCUGAUCAACUUCCUGCGUUCCACUUUCCAGGUCUUCACACACCUACCGCUCCUGGACCUGUUCAUGGUGUGGGACUGGUCCACUUACCUGGCAGACUAUGGCCAGCCAACUUCCAAAUACCUGAGAGUGAACCCAGCUACUGCCCUGGCUCUACUGGAGAAAAUGAAGGACACCAGUAAGAAGAACAACAUCUUCUCUCAGUUUAGGAAGAACGACAGAGACAAACAGAAGCUGAUAGAGACUGUGGUCAAACAGCUGAGGAGCCUGGUCAAUGGCAUGUCCUCAUAAACACACACA